GCCAAGGAAGGAAAGAAGGGCGCGAGCCUCGCCUGCGCCCGCGCCCGGCCCAUCCCGGCCAUGGAGCCCGCCAAGCCGGUCUUCCCCGAGCUGCCGCAGUCCAAAGAGGACUCCGAGGAUUGGACAUAUCCAAUGAGAAGAGAGAUGCAGGAAAUUUUACCUGGGUUGUUCUUAGGCCCAUAUUCUUCAGCUAUGAAAAGCAAGCUACCUAUACUUCAGAAACAUGGAAUCACCCAUGUAAUAUGCAUACGGCAAAAUAUUGAAGCAAACUUUAUUAAACCAAACUUCCAGCAGUCAUUUAGGUAUUUAGUCUUGGAUAUUGCAGAUAAUCCCAUUGAAAAUAUAAUACGGUUUUUCCCGAUGACGAAGGAGUUUAUUGAUGGGAGUUUACAAAAUGGAGGAAAAGUUCUUGUCCAUGGGAACGCAGGGAUUUCUAGAAGUGCUGCCUUAGUUAUUGCAUAUAUUAUGGAAACAUUUGGAGUGAAGUACAGGGAUGCGUUUACGUAUGUACAAGAAAGAAGGUUUUGUAUUAAUCCCAAUGCUGGAUUUGUUCAUCAACUUCAGGAAUAUGAAGCCAUCUAUCUAGCAAAGUUAACUAUUCAGAUGAUGUCACCUCGGCAGCUGGAACGAUCGCUGUCUGUUACUACAGGAAGUCUGAAACGAACACAUGAAGAGGAUGAAGAAAUCAGCAAUAUGCAAGCAGCAGCUCAGAACGGUUGACACUAAGAGCGCCCUGGACUUGUUUCUCAUGGCAGCUGCUAAUCACAGCAAGAUGAACAACCGGAUUGAUUUUUUAAAAAUGGAAGAAUCCAACUUUCUUAUGCAAACCUGCCCUCCAGGAGUACACCAGGCAACCUUUUUAGGGUAUUGGAUUCCUCAGCUGACUAGAUGGCACUGAUUGUUUUACUCGGGGGUUUUUUUUUGGUUUUGUUUUUUACACUUUAUAGUUUUACCCUAAACCAAGACUUUGGACUUGCAAAGAGGUAUUAUUGCAAUAAUGCACUUUUCAUACUUGAAAUUUCUUUAUUUGUAUUGAUAAAGUUAUUACUUAAGCAAAGUACGAGUUGGGGGGAUGAUUUGUUUAUAAAGUUUUGUGUAAUUUAUAACAAGAGUCUUUAGUAAAAAAAAGAAAAAAACAAACAACUGCAUAAAACUCACUGUGGGUUGUAUUUGUUUAAUUUUCCAAGUUUAGGCUUCAGGCAGAAGCAAACAAGUCUUAGCAGCUCUCAAAACGUAUUGCUGUGACCAUCAUGAAGUAAAAACAGUGGGUUCAGUGUCGUGGAAGUAUUAUAAUAGAAAACUCAGAUUUUCUUUCAAAUAAAGUGGUUGUUCU